AUGGCUUGGUCUCACGCAUUUUCUCUCGCAGGCAGUCUAUUGAUUCUCUCGACGGCCUUGUUGAUUGUGCAGACCUUCUGGACGGGGCCAGGGGUCCCUACGUUGGUGGCAGAGCACGCUGUUUCGGCUGCAGAAAGACGUAUAGAGAUACUGUUGCACCCGCAAGAUCAUGUCUUGCGGCCAGCAGACUCGCUCCGACAUGUGUGGAAUAUCACCUCGGGGCGGAAGGUGCCAGAUGGAGUUGCAAAGGACGUGUUUUUGAUCAACGGUCAAUUUCCCGGGCCGACGAUCGAAGCUCGUUCUGGAGACGUGCUCGAGGUUGAGGUAUGGAAUUCGCUGGCAGACGAGGAAGUUUCGAUUCACUGGCAUGGACUGCUUAUGAGAGGGGCAAACCAUAUGGAUGGUGCGACUGGUAUCACACAGUGUGCUAUCCCACCAGGGGCCAGCUAUACUUACAGGUUUCGAAUAGAGCAAGAAGGGACUUUCUGGUAUGAGUACCAUGCGCAUUCGGAUGUCCAACGAAGUGACGGACUCUACGGAGGACUAGUGGUACAUCCACCUGGAGCCAUCCAACAAGACGAGGAGAUUCUCCUACUGGCAGGAGACUGGUACCACCGACCCGCUGGAGAGGUGUUGGAUGCCUUUAUGGAUGCCAAAAGUGAUGGCUCAGAGCCAUGUCCGGACUCCCUGUUGAUCAAUGGACUCGGCCAUUUUGACUGUUCUCGGGCAUUGCCUGCAUUCCCGGUUGAUUGUAGCCCGUCGGAUAUGCCCUGGAUCCAAAUGGAUACCCGGAAGACAUAUCGAGUGCGAGUGGCGAACGUGGGAGCCUUGACUGGCAUCUCCAUCACCAUUCCAAAUGCACAGAUCCAAGUCACUCAUUUUGACGGGCAGAGAAUCACUGCAUCGCCUCCGGUCAACUCGGUUGGUGUACUUUAUCCGGGUGAACGAGUUGAUUUCAUCCUCAGUUGGAAUCGGCCAGAGGAGACCAGUCAACUUAUUAUUGAUCUCGACAAGGAAAACUUUCAAACUCCCAAUCUCGCACUGUCACCUACGCAAUCAUUCGCCAUAUCAGACCCGAAGGGGCAAUUCUCCUCAUCCAACCAGACAGAGAUAACUUCCUUCAAUCUCCAGACCGCACAAGGGCUCUUAUUACCCCACCCCCUACCCGAACCGAAGUCCUUUGUUGUCCUCUACAGCGCCAUUCAGAUUCUCGUCCAUGAACACAACAUCCCCAUGGGCUUUAUCAAUCGCACGCACUGGAAGAAACAACCGCAGCCGCUGCUCAGUCUAGGCCGAGAAGACUGGAAUAGCUACCAACUUGUUCCUUGGACAGGCCCGGAGCCAGCGUGGAUUGACAUCGUCAUCAAUAAUAUGGACGUCACGGGACAUCCAUUCCAUUUGCACGGGACAACCUUUUAUGUUCUAUCCUCCUACCGUGGCAAAAGCGGCUGGGACUACUUCAAUCCAUUUGACACGUCUAAACCCCCCAAAGGCGGCGCCUACAACGUAAUCAACCCGCUGGAAAAGGACACGGUCUACGUGCCUCCGCUGGGAUACGUGGUGCUCCGCUUCCGAGCCGACAACGAAGGUAUCUGGAUGCUGCACUGCCAUGUGCUAUGGCACCAGGCGAGUGGAAUGAGCAUGGCAGUCCAGGUGCUCGGCGACGAACACGCGGGUUUCCGAGACCACCGCAUGGGGGAGGUGACGAGGGAAUAUUGCAGCGGUACCUACUCCCCAAGUCAUUUGAGAGAGGUUGAUAAGAAGCUGGCUAUAUAA